CAAGCGAAGAUGACGAUUCUUAUUUAUUAGAGGAGGACGACACUGUCUCGGCAACAAUAGCAACUGACACUGAAUUUAUAUCGGAAGGCGGCGGUCAUUUGCCAGUUUUCCUAACUGAGCCGUUAGAUGCAUUUGUCAUCAAAAACAGACCAGCAACCCUUCACUGUAAAGCAGCUCAUGCAUUGCAAAUUUUCUAUUUAUGCAAUGGCAUUAGAACAGAGGAAUCGCUUCAAACUGCAUUUGUUGAUCCACACACUGGAAUACGGAUAGUUGAAUGUGAAUUGAACAUAACUAGGGAUCAAAUUGAAGAGUAUUUUGGAAAGAAUAAAUUUAAGUGUGAAUGCAUUGCCUGGUCGGGCUCUGGUCAAAUCAAAAGUCAACCGGCAACAAUCGACGUUGCUUACUUAAAGAAGCAAUUCGAAUCGCCCCCAUAUUCUCAGUCUGUGGAAGCCGGCCAAGGAGCUGAACUCCGUUGCAUUCCACCAAGUGGUGUUCCAUCGCCAAUAGUCUAUUGGCUGAAAAAUGGAGUGAAACUUGAUUUAAAUGCUGACACUUUGCUGGUAUCUAGCGAAGGGCAUCUUUUAAUUGGACAAACAAAAUUAAGUCAUCAAGCAAAUUAUACCUGCGUGGCUGAAAAUAUUGCCGCUAAACGUCUCAGUGAUCUUGCUAGUCUCACAGUUUAUGUUAAUGGAGGAUGGUCUGCAUGGUCAUCAUGGUCCGAAUGUCAUUCUCGUUGCGCAAAAGGUGGACAAAAAAAAACGAGAACAUGUAGCAAUCCCGCUCCCAUGAACGGUGGACAACCGUGUUUGGGUCCCGCACAACAGAGAAAUGAUUGCAGCACAAACUGUCCUGUUGUGGAUGGCGGAUGGUCUAAAUGGUCCGCGUGGUCACCUUGUGGAAGUGAUUGUACUCAUGUAAGAAGACGUUCUUGUGAUGAACCCUCCCCAAGUCAUGGAGGUCGUCUCUGUCAAGGGAAGAAUAUCACCAUCACAAAUUGCACCGACGGAAUGUGCAAUGUUGAUGCCACAAAAUUGGGAGUUGAGUCUUCUAAGAAAGGCAAUCGAGAAAUGGAUGUGGCGUUUCAUAUAGGUCUGACCGUGACAUUUCUUAUCACGAGUGGAUUGAUUUUUUUCCUCGCCAAACUACUUCGUCGUAAGGCCCACAACCAUUCACUCUACUCAAUGACUCAUAACGAAUUCAAUCCGCAAUUCUUCUCGGAUCAGGAUAAAAAAUUGAGUAUGCAACCCGACGUUGCACUCACGGGUGUACCAGCCUGCUAUGAAUAUCCCUUCGAUCCAAAAUUACCAAUGUCACGUUCAUCAUCAGAGCAUCAUUAUGACGUUCCCCACCUAUCAUUACCACUGCAAUCAUCUUCCAUUUCACCCACUCCGAGCACUUCUACCCAGGAAUUCUCCAGUCAUAAGCAAAUUCACUCGGACAGUGAAAAUAGCGCCACCAGUUCCUAUUCAUCAUCGGAAUUCAGUUACAAUAUUUCAAACAAAAGUCUAAUGCCACCGAAAUUGGAAACUGAAAAUAUUGCUCGAGCUGUUGUUAAUUCGAGGGGUGCUCUUUUGGUCUUAACUGAUUCCGGUAUUUCUAUGUCAGUUCCCGAAGGUGCUGUUUCGAAACCUUUGAAGGAGAAGCUUUAUCUGGCAGUGCUCAAUGAAGAUCGGUUCAGACCACGACUACCAGAUGGAAUAACUCAACUCUCGGCUGUUGUUGCAUGCGGUCCAUCGUCUGUGGCCCUCAACAAACCCGUAAUUCUGCAAUUCGAACACUGCGCAAUGAUGCAUUCGACAACAUGGGAAUUGAGCAUAUGGGCCUCAAGAAGUAUGGAUAUUGACGAAAUAAACUUCACCUCAACGAUAGAGGAAGAAUCCAUAAUUCAGUGGGAACGAGUACUGACAUUAGGAAGUGAAACCAUCAACACCCCUCUCUUCACUCAACUCGAUCAUUCGGAGGCGUUUAUAGUAACCGAUCAGCUAAGGGUCUACAUUCUCGCCGGUCAGAGUUGCAAAAAUUCCACAGCCACAAAGAGAUUGAAAUUACUUCUCUUCGCCAGUCAAACGGGUGAAUCCUACAUUCGCGUAUACGUAAUUGAAGAUACAAAAGCUGCCAUGAAAACAGUCAUCGACCGUGAGGCACAAGUGAAAACUUUUAUUCUAGACAAACCGAGGACAAUUCUCUUUGAAGAUAAUGGCGAACCGCUACAUAUUCAAUUAGAGGAAAUUGGCACUGACGAACAGAUUCCAGUCGGAACACAUGAAAUUUCUUUCAAAACCAUCUGGAAUGGAGCGGAAAAUAAGAAAAACGUGACUUUUGAUUUAGAAACAGCUGAAAAUCUAUCCAUGAGAUGCUAUAAACUUCAGGUGUUUCAGGGUAAUUCGGAUAGUAAGCAAAUGUUCAAGAUAUUCUACGAUGGAAUGAAGAAUCUUAUUUCUUCGGGAAGUAUCACUAGACCGCUUAGAGAAGUCACUGUCGUAAGUAGUGGACAUGCGAACAGUGCUGUUACUGAUUCGGCAACUCUGCGGCCAUUCCGCUUCACCAAAUCUCUUAGAAAGCAACUUUGUCAAUGUCUCGAUCCACCGAAUGCGCUUGGUAAUGAUUGGAGGAUGCUGGCGCAAAUGCUUCAAGUCGACAGAUAUAUAAAUUACUUCGCCACUAAAGUGAGUCCAACGGAGCAUAUUUUAGACUUGUGGGAGGCAAGACAUCGAGCACCAACUGCCGUAACGGACCUACUAAAUCAUCUAAGGGUCAUGGGCAGAAGUGACGCUGCAAUUAUUCUUGAAGCACAACUUGGGCCCUGGCUUUGAAAUUGUUCCCCUAAAUGUUCAAAAUAUUAUCUAAGUACAUUAUUUCAUUAUUCAUUAUUCUGACGAACUAAAACAAAGUCACUUUGAAUUUCAGUGCCACAAAACCAGUGAUAUUACAUGAAAGUGCAAACAGUGAAUUGCGAGUUGCUAAACGACCUAAAAGAAAAGAUACUAGCCAAAAAAAAGAAACACUGCCUUAAAACUCCAUCUAAAGCAAGCGUAAUUUACUUGUAAAUAAAUUAUUGUUAGUGAGUCGACGAAGACAUAAAAAAAUAACGAAUGAUACGUAUGACAAUUUUGUGAGCGGUAGAAAUUGUGAAUGCUUUGUGUUUUACUAAAAAAAGGUUAUAAAUAUUUACAGACAUAAGAGAGUUAAAAUAAGACUGUUCUUUUAACAUUUUUUGAAGAAAAAAAGUUUUCGUUAAAUAAGUAUUACUUUCUUAUAAUUAAAUGAUUCUAAAUCAUAAAUGUCAAUCUAAGGGCAAGAAUCAAUAUUGAUUAGUUGUCAAAAUGUUUAAUCAAAAUUUUUGUUAUUACAACGUUUAAAUUGUUUUUCAAUGUGUCAAAAAAAGAAAUUAAAUAGAAAGACUGAAAUACUUAAAAAAAAAAGUUAUUUUCAAAGAUUCUUGUAUUUUGGUAUUUAGGUAACAAUAUUUCCUCUGGGCGCACAAUUGUCUAGAGACCAGUUCCAUUUUUAUUAAAAGACGAAAAAAAACAUCGAAUUACAAAAAAAUUGAGGUGCACUUAAGUGUCAAAAAAAUAGUUAAAUAUAAACGUAUUAUGUAAAACUUAAGAUUUCAAAUUUCUACUUCGAUUUUUUACUAUUUUUGUUAAAGAUUUUAAAAGAUUUUAUUAUAAAUAUUUUCGAGUGAUAAAAACAUGGUUUUUGAUGUAAUCAAACACGGGACAAUAUAUAUUAAUGUAUGUAUGUAUGGACUGUGCUGCGGCAAAUAGUGCGUGCAUAAGGAUAAGUUCCUUCAUCUAUAUAUAUAUAUAUGUUUGAGAUAAUUAAUUUUUGUUUUGGAAUCGAAAAAAAUGUAAUUAUAUACGAAAUAGAGGCCAAUAAUGUUCGUUGAAUUUUUCGAGUGCUAAUUUUCAUAUUUUAAUAAUGUCUCUUUAAGUUUUAAUUAAUAAAAAAAAACUUUAUUUACGAACAACCUA